AUGCAAAAAGAUUAUCUUCAUCCCACUCCAAAUAGUCAACAUCUGCUGCAAAAGUUCACAUUGAGAUUGCUUGUGAAAUGGAAUCAGCAAGCGGGGAACCCAUCAGGGCCUGUUCCUCUGUAUUACAAAUAUCUUCUAACUUUCAUUUUCGUCAUUGAGGAAAUUAACAAAGAUCAGACAAUAUUACCCAAUGUUACUCUGGGAUAUCACAUAUAUGAUUCUUGUACACAAUCCAAGAAAGCUGUAAAAAGUGUCCUCCAGAUUUUAUCAGGAUCAAGGAAGACAAUUCCAAACUAUUCCUGUAUGGGACAUAGAAUGUUAUCUGGUUUUAUUGGAGGACAAGGUUCCCUAUCGACAUUGCCCAUGGCACAGAUAUUGGCAGUAUAUGGAUACACACAGAUCAGCUAUGGAGCAACCAGUUAUCUUCUCAGUGACCGCAACCUCUAUCCAACGUUCUACCGCAUUGUACAAGGGGACCAGGCCAGUUAUUCUGUGCUAUCAGGUCUGAUCAAGUUCUUUGGCUGGACAUGGGUUGGAGUUUUGGCUUCUGAUGAUGACAGUGGUAAUGAAGAAAUUCAGCUUCUGACAGAACAUCUGACUUCCAAGAGGAUCUGUGUUGCCUACACAAUAAGAAUAAAGUAUUAUAAAUCAGAUGUCUCCCAUGAAAUGAAUAAGAAGAGAGCUGAUAUUAUCAAAAAAUCAUCUGCCCAGAUUAUAAUACUCUGCGGGACAUAUUCUUCAUUUUUAGCUGAUCUUUUAACAGAUAUGAGAAAAGUCAUCAAUGAUAAGACUCUAGUGUUUGGUCCGACAUUUGCCUUAAUCCCAUUUCUACUGGAACAUUACACUGAUGUAUUUAAUGGAAGUUUGGCCAUUGAACCUUCAUCUCUCCCAAUGCUGGAUAUGAGAAGUUUUUAUGACAGUUUCCAGACCAUAAAUCACCCUGAGGACAAGUUACUAGAACAUAUAUGGUUAAUAUGGGAGAAUUGUUUGUCAAGUGAUAGAAAAAUUAAUCAAUUAUAUAGUGAACUAUAUAAGAAAUCACUGCACAACUGUACUGGGAAGAGACGUAUAACAGAGUUUAGUAGUAUCCACAGCCUAGGUCUGACUGAUCGAGUAUAUAAAGCAGUUUAUUCCAUGGCCCAUGCUUUACAUAAUAUGCAUAUGUCCCUAGGUGAAAGGUCUCCCAAAGACAUCCCUCCUUCUUAUGGUUAUAGACAUCAGCUACAUCGUUAUUUGCAGAAUGAGAGACGUGUGGAUGGGGAGCCAGUAUUUAAUAACAAUGGAGAUUUUGCUACCCCGUAUAAAAUUGUAAAUUGGCAAGUUUCCAAACAGGACAGAUUUGUAGUACAUGUUGGCCAUACAAUGAAAGAGGAUGAAAAUUAUCAGAACUUUUCUAUUCAGCUGAAAAAAAUUGUGUGGAAAAAUAACAUCAAUGAGGUCAAUAUCAUCAACCUAAUUGUGGUAGAACAGCUAAUGAUUAAGAUGACAACAGAGGUAUGGGAGUGGGGUGCAGAUGGGAAGCCCAGUACACCUGAGCAAGCUGCGGAAUGGACUGAUGAAUAUAUAGCCAAUCAUCCACAAUGGAGAGUCUUCAGUGCAGCAGGUGGUACAAGAACCCCACGAGUGGAGAAGCUCCAUGACAAAGAUCUGCAGGUCAAAGAUAGUAAUAAAGGAGACCCUAUCAAAAACAUCACCUAUCAGCCAACCAGAUUAAGAGUGGCUAACCUAGAAACUCAAACGUGUUACCAUUGCAAUCAACCAGGGCACUUGUUUAGGUACUGUCAACGGACAAGAAGUCCAUACCCUGGGUCUAGACUGACUCCAGUCUCUGAGAAAUUCUUCUGGUCAUGGAUUUCUAGAGACGUUAAGCAGUAUCAGGACACCUGUGAUACCUGCCAGAGACUGGGGAAGCCCCAACGGAAAGCUUUUCUGUACCCAUUACUUAUCAUAGGGGAGUCCUUUGCCCGUGUUGGACCAUUAACUAUUUCCAGUCAUUCAGGCAAGAAGUACAUGUUAACACUGGUGAACUUUACUACAUGUUACCCUGAGGCAAUGGCCCUGUCAUCCAUUGACAUGGAACAUGUUGUGCAAGCACUGACGGACAUAUUCAGUCAGGCUGGGCUCACCAUAAGCACAGAUAAAUGUGAGAUGGGGAUGGCUGAUGUUCAUCACAUAGGACAUUGGGUUGGAGGAGGCUCCAUUAGAUCAGAUCCAGAAAAGGUGGAGUUUAUUAUCAAGUGGCCCCAACCUAUCAACCAAAAGCAAGUGCGGGCCUCCAUUGGAGUUGCAGGCUAUUACAGAAAAUUCAUACCACAUUACAGCACCAUGGCCAAGGCUCUAAUGGACUUGAACAAUAAGAGAUUCAGUAUGCUCAGAAGAUUGAAUGGAUCAUUGAGUAUCCCGAAGUCUCAGUGCUCAGAGAACUGUAAGCCAGGGACCAUGAAAGUGCUGAUGUCUGAUCUAUAUUCCUGCUGCUAUUACUGUGUCCAGUGCUCUGAGGGCGAAAUAUCCAACGUGACAGACAGUGAAAAUUGUCUGAAGUGUGCUGACCAUGAGUGGCCCAAUGAGAUGAAGACUCAGUGUGCUCCCAAAGUGCUGGAGUUUCUGUCCUACACAAAUGAUACAAUAGUUGUUUUAAUCUUAAUAACAACAUUUGUGCUUUUUUCUUUAACUUUUCUGAUACUUAAAAUAUUUAUUUUGUACCAAGACACGCCUCUGGUGAAAGCCAACAACAAGAAUCUGAGCUUCCUGCUCCUGGUCUCCAUCAUGCUGAGCAUUCUCUCUGUAUUCCUAUUCCUCGGACGUCCUGUAGAUGCCACCUGCAUGUUGCGUCAGAUCUCUUUUGGAAUUCUCUUUUCAGGAGCCAUAUCUUGUGUCCUAGGUAAAACUAUCAUGGUCUAUAUUGUUUUUAAAGCCAAUAAACCCGGAAGUUCAUGGAAAAGCUGGAUCAACACGAAGCUGUCUAAUUGUUUGGUGUUGUCGUGCUCUUCCAUCCAAGUGAUAAUCUGUAUGAGUUGGGUGACUAUCUCUCCACCUUUCCAGGAGCUGGACACUCAUUCUUAUAAGGGAAAGAUCAUUGUUCAGUGUAAUGAAGGUUCUCUUAUUGGGUUUUAUUCUGUCCUGGGAUAUAUGGGAAUCCUGGCAGCCAUUAGCUUUAUUACAGCUUUCUUGGCCAGGACAUUACCGGACAGUUUUAAUGAGGCAAAAUACAUCACCUUCAGCAUGCUGGUGUUCUGCAGUGUCUGGAUCACCAUGAUCCCGGCCUAUCUCAGCGCCAAAGGGAAAUACAUGGUGGCUGUGGAGAUCUUUGCAAUACUAGCUUCAUGUGCUGGACUUUUAUGUUGUAUAUAUUUCCCAAAAUGUUACAUUAUCCUGUGGAGACCAGAACUAAACACAAAAAAACAUCUACUUGAGAAAGGAAAUGAUCGUGUCAAUCAUAAAUAA